UGAUUUGUACUCCGAACACAGUUUCUAAACCAUCUUUGUUGUAAAUAUCAGACAUGAAUAUAGACAGAAAAAAAAAUCUGAGGUGUAUUUGUAAUGUUGUGUAAUGAUACAAAAUGGUUGGCACGCAAUGGAUAUAAUGGAAUUGAGAAGGUUGACAUUCAUUUUAAACAGGGGCACCUCAAAUCAACAUUGCCGUGUAGCCUACUGUACAUAAAACACAUUUCUACAUACUCCUCUUCCAAGAUCAAAAGUUGAACAAAAAUAGAUGCAGGGCGGGGAAUUAAAUUUUGCUAACACCAACAGUCCACUCCAUAUUUUGUGAGACACGACGGACGCUGGUUUACUGCAGAGGUUGAGAGGAUAAAAAAACCGAGAGUGAGAAAACAUUUACCGAAAUUACUCGACGAAUCACUGUGCCAUAACCUUGCAAAGAAACAAUUCCAACCGUCCAAGUUGCUAUCCUGACGACACUGACUCAAUUUAGCAGUGCGAGUGAAACCGUGAGAACGAAAGCUUCGAGAGCGACAUAAACCCCAGCCAGCGGCAGCGGUCUCCAUUUUAACUUCGAGUCCGAUCUAUGCCUCACGUGUCUUGGACUGUCUCUCUCACAUGACCCGAGUGUUUGUUCCCGUGAUCAGCACUUCCAUCUACGCGUCUGUGUCAGUGAAUAUCACAUUUUAUUCCAACCCUGAUGGAUAUGCACCUCGAACAGAGUCUGGACACCGCGACAAGUCACGAAAAACAAGAAGAGGAGGUCGUCCAAUUAGAAGGAGACGGGGAAGGGGAGCAGACUGCUGUUACCAUAGGCAGUAUUCAGCAGGCCCAGGCAUUCGCGGACCACAACAUUCAGUACCAGUUCCGCUCUGAGGGUGGUCAGGUGACUUACCGCGUUGUCCAGGUAACUGACCAGCAGCUGGAGGGGAGAGAUGACGGGGGAGGGCCGGUUAGCGUGGUCUCCACGGCCGCCUUCCCCGGCGCUCCUCAAGCAGUGGCCCAGGCUGUGAUCCAGAACCCUUUCAGUAAUGGGGGUAGCCCCGUGGGAGAGACGCUGGGAGGGGAGACGCGCUUUGCCUACUUCCCAGCUACGGCUGUGAGCGACGGCACUGUGUCUGUGCAGACCACCUCCGACCCCACUCAGGCCGGGGGUCAGUUCUACGUGAUGAUGAGCCCUCCUGACAUCUUGCAGACAGGCACACAGCGAACCAUAGCCCCGCGCACACACCCCUACCCUGAAGACGAAACCGAGAUGCUGCAACAUGACGGUUUAAACUGGAAAAUGGAUGGCCCACGGACACCCAGAGAUGAGAGGAGGAGAGCUCAACACAAUGAAGUUGAGAGGCGGCGGAGAGACAAGAUCAACAAUUGGAUCGUCACGCUCUCCAAAAUCAUCCCCGACUGCAACAUAGACAGCACCAAGACGGGGGCUGUAAGUCACUCUAGUAAAGGGGGCAUCCUGUCUAAGGCGUGUGACUACAUCCGAGAGCUCCGUCAGAAUAACCAGAGGCUCCUGGACGGUGUCAAAGAGGUGGAGAGAGUACAGGUGGACAACGAGCUCUGCAGACAGCAGAUCGAGGAGCUGAAGAAUGAGAAUGCCCUUCUCCGAGCUCAACUCCAGCAGCACGGCAUCGAGAGCGUGGGCGAGACGCCGCCACAAUGAACGAGGGAGACUGGGAGAGCAGGACGGGUAGAAGGAGGACGAGGCAGACUGGAGACGACACGUAGGAGCAGAACAAAACGAACGAGCUACUGACGAAUCACUCUUUUUCACAGUCGCUGACAGUUAAGACAGUCUUCCCUGGCCUCGUCUUUGAGGCUGCAUCCGAGACUCUUGGCAGGCUCCUGCUGCUUUGUUGGCUGCACUUGACUGAUCCAGGAUCAGUCGAAAUGACAAAAGACGCCACCGUGUAGACCAUAGACAUGUCUCCGAGAGAGAAGAGGUCACAACCACCAGAGGAAAAACCCUCUACUAGCCCAGAGAAACCCACUGCACAACUCCUCCCUCCCUUUCUAUAUUUAUUUAGUUCCUCACCUGUGGACUGUGACAUUGGAUAUUUUGUUGUUGAGUUGUUUUUUUUCCCAUUCUCUUCAGUCAUGUUUUAUUUUAGUCUGUAUUUGUGGUUGAGGGUCAUAUUACAAUUUUGUUACGUUAGCAGUUUUUAAUUUAUUAGUUUGUGUAUUGUUAAAAAUCUGCCCAGAAAGACUCAUUUAGAAAAGCUCAUGUAUCCUAGAGGAAUAGAUGAUGUAUGAGUGAGUGGUAGGCUACCAGCCAGUAGAACAGAAACACGAUACAAAUAAACCGCUGCAUUGCAGAUCUAUGUGAAAGAAUGGCUUGAUAGUUGCCAAUAUUAUUAGAAGUAUUGGGACAGUGACACAUUUUUAGUUUUGGCUCUGUACUCCAGCACUUUGAAAUGAUAUAAUGGCUAUGAGGUUAAAGUGCACACUGUCAGCUUUAGUUUUGGGGUAUUUUCAUCCAUAUCGGGUGAACCGUUUAGAAAUUAUAGCACUUUUUGUACAUUGUCCCCACCAUUUUAGGGGAACAGAAGUAUUUGGAUGAAUUCACUUGUGUAAUAAAGUAGUCAAAAGUUGAGUAUUUGGUCCCAUAUUCCUAGCAUGCAAUGAUUGCAUAAAGCUUGUGACUCUACAAACUUGUUGGAUGCAUAUGCCAUUAGUUUUGAUUCUAUUGGGCACAAAAUAAUCUGAAACUAUGGUAAAUAAUGCAUUGUCAUUUUGGAGCCCCUUUCAUUGUACAUUUAUUGUACAUUCUAAACACUUGUACAUGGAUGCUACCAUGAUUGCGGAUAAUCCUGAAUGAAUCGUGAAUAAUGAUGAGUGAAAGUAUCAUAACUCCAAGACUUGCUAACCUCUCACCAUAACGAGAACGGGAGGUUAGCAUAUUUUGGGGGGAGGUAUGAUGUUUAUGCCUCUAACUUUCUCACUCGUCAUUGUUCUCGAUUCAUUCAGGGCUGUCCGUAAUCAUCAAACACAAGCAAACAAACAGCAAAUGCAUCUAAGAAGUUUGUAGUCACAAGCUUGACGUAAUCAUUGCGUGCUAGGAAUGUGGGACCAAAUACUAAACCUUUGAGUACUUUACAGCACUUUUUAUAUAUAUAUAUAUAUAUAUAUAUAUAUAUAUAUACAUUUUUUUUAUUAUUAUUAUAUAUUUUUUUACAUAGUUCCCCCCUGAUUUUUAGGGGACCAAAAGUAUUGUGACGAAUUCAUUUGUGUAUUAAUUACUAAACGGCACCGAUAUUGAUGAAAAUGCCCUCAAAUUAAAGCUGACAGUCUGCACUUUAACCUCAGUCAUUGCAUCAUUUAAAAUCCAAAGUGCUGGAGUACAGAGACAAAACAACUAUCUCAAGGAUGCAAUUUUGGUAUACCCAGAGGAAUAGCUGUGCUUUGCCCAAUAUCACAGUUUUACAGUGCUUGCAUUAACAGAGUUGUUGUUAAAAUAGCAACAAUGCAACGUUCUAUAAAUGUGUCAUGUUGAAGUAUGGCCACUGGCGUUAGUGGGAAAAUAAAUGGUAAUCAAUAAUUCAUUUACUGUGUACGCUGGCCCUUUUCUACAAUUAUGCAAUUUAAUACACAAUCUUUAAGGCUGGUUUGAGACUGGCCGGGUUCGCUUAUAGAGCAUUUGAUAGACCACUGAUACGGCCUCUGAGAGAAAGGUGGAGCUCUUAAAAUGUCACCUGACAUAUGAAGUGAGUGCAAAUGUAUAUGAUUCUGGGUGGAACAUCACAGGUUGCAUCAGAAAUGGCACCCUAUUAUGUAGUGCACUACUUUUGACCAACAGUGAUUUAUGUAAGGGAUAGGGUGCCAUUUCAGACACCACCCAAGUUUUUAAUUUCAACAUUGUGUCACGUUUAAAACUCACUCUUGAGAAAGCGCAUUGAGUUCACUGCUGAGCUAAAUUUAGCGGCUACAGAAGUCUGGAUGUUUUUUGCGAAUGUGUGUGUGAUGCAUCUGUCUUGAUAUGUGUAAGAAUAACCACAAGUAUCAUGUCUAGCGUUUGGCUUUUUAUUUUUCUAACCAACACAUCAAAUGGAGAUUAAUGCACCCAGGGAGAAAGACUCUGGAGAGAAUAAAUGAACCAACUCACUGCUCAAGAUAGAAGCCAAGAACAGAGAAACUUCCUGUUCUUGCGCCUCGUUUCUGUGUUCUGACUUGCCUCUCCUUGCAAACGAAUGGAUGCUAAUAAAGACUUGGGAAAACAUUUUCAUCUCAGACACUCUUUCACUCAUCUAGGACAAGAACCAAGUUGAAAUGCGUUCAACGUGCAAACAGGCAAGUUGAUGAUGAUACCAAUGUUACUGAUGACUGGAUUUGCAUUGUGUAUUUUGUCCUGAAUUUGGGAAAAUGGGAAUAGGUCAAUUUGUGUUUUAGUCUCUGAUCAGGGUGUUUUAGGCAUGUACUGUCUGGCUCGGGAAUCAGCAAAGCAGCACUAAUACUCAACCCAAUGAAAAGUCAUGUAUACUCAAUGAUUCCACCUCGACAAGCUCUCCUACUCUGUGACCUUGUGCUUUUGUAAGUGCAGAAUAAAAUUGUUAUCCUGUUUUGCUCAA